AUUCACAGAAACAGGUAGCUCGAAUCGUACUUAAUACAGCAGUUGUUUUUAUAUUUGUUUUACUUUCGUAUUUCGAUUUUUAUGUUUAUGGAGGAGUUAAAGUUCAAUGGCUCACCUGUGGAAGUGAAUGACAGCUGAAUUCAAGUAGACCAUAUGGUUCACUGCUCCUCAUGAAACCAAUAGAUGUUGAUAAAGCAGCAGAAAUUCAAGAUGUUGGAAGGAAUUUAAACUCAUUUCUUGUGCUCGAAUUGUGAAUUAGAAAUCCCUAAAGAUUUAGUUGCUAAUAUUUGCUUGAAAGCAUUUUUAACUGUGUAACAUGACAAUUGACAAAGAUGUUUCUUCAACUAAUAAACCAAUCGACUGGGAGAGAUAUGGCCUGUGUAGUGAACCUGCCAGUGAGCAGGGACCACUUCUGGGUUCGUGGGGAGAGAGGGAAGGCAGCUCACACUUUCAUGAUAGAGGAGCCAAAGAAGAGUUAUUUCAGGAAAAUGAGUUAGCAAACAGCAAGCCUUGGUGGAAAGCUAAUUUCUUCCUGUCUGAACCAGUUUUAUUUGGCGUUUGGGAUGGUGUAUUUACUUCAUGCAUGAUCAACUUGUUUAGUGUUAUCAUAUUUCUUCGAGUGGGAUGGAUUGUUGGUAAUGCUGGGGUUGUUCAAUCAGUAGGAAUUGUGAUCAUCACUGUCCUCAUUGGAAUAACUACAGUCUUGUCUGGUAUUGGUAUAUGUGAUAGAUGUCAUCUGGAAAGGGGUGGCGUGAAUUUCCUUCUUUCACACAUAUUCGGAGCACGCACUGGGGGAGCCAUCAGCCUCAUCUACUGUUUCGGUCAAUCUGUAAGUUGCGCACUUCAUGUUAUGGGCUUUGCAGAAUCCUUUUCACAAGUUGUUGCCAUCACUGAUGCUUGGGCCACUCGAGGUGUUGCUGUUGGAAUGAUAACUUUACUUUUAGCUAUUAAUUUGGCUGGUGUCAAAUGGGUAGUGCGAUUGCAGUUUGGACUGUUGAUUUUAUUGCUUUUAUCCGCACUUGACUUUGCAGUUGGUACUUUUAUCCAAGUUGACUUUGUUCAUGGAGUUGUUGGCUAUGAUUUGGCUAAUCUGAAGAACAACACUGGUCCUGAUUAUAAUGAUGGGGAAAAUUGGUUUACUGUGUUUGGAGUAUUUUUUCCAGCCAUGACAGGCAUACUGGCUGGAAUCAACAUGAGUGGAGACUUGCACAAUCCUUCCAAAGACAUUCCAACUGGGACGCUUGCAUCAGUUGGAACUAGCUUUUUUAUUUACAUGAUGUUUGUUGUGGGCUUAGGAGCAACCUGCCAACGCUGGGCUUUACAUACUGAUUACAUGAUAGCUGAAAAAGUGUCUGCCAUUGGUGUUCUCUUCUUAGCUGGUCUAUAUAUAUCUGCAAUGUCUGCCUGUCUGGGCGCUCUCUAUGCUACACCCAGGAUUAUUCAAAGUAUGGCCAAUGAGAAUGUCAUACCACUCUUAAGAUUCUUGGGCAAAGGUAAAGGACCCAACAAAGUACCCAUAUACUCACUUAUACUUUUUGCUAGUGUUACCUUUAUAUUUGUUCUGAUUGGAAGCAUCAAUACCUUGGCGCCAAUAGUCACAAUUCCAUUUCUUUUCACUUAUGCCUCUGUUGAGUAUGCAUAUUUCUCCCUUGCCAUGAGUUUUGAUAUUCAAAGAAAACGAGAAGAGAGAUACAGCGAGCAAAAGGUUCAGAGUCCAUCUUUUGUAGUGGAUUUAAACCAUAAGCGAGCUUAUGGUUCAGCCAAGACUGAUGCCGACUUAGACGAACUGUUUCCAGAGCGUGUGCCGCAUCAUAAACGUGGAUUAGUUCGAGAAGGGAGUAGCAUGAGCCUGAGCCCUACGGACUCUCCUUUAACAUCUCCCGAUGAGCACAGUUCUGUCCGUAGUGUUGAUAGUCUAAAUUCUCAAAUUUGUGUUACGCAACCUGCAGCAAAAACUCCAGGUGAAGCUGAAUAUUAUCGAAAUGAAAUAACAAGCAAACAAAAGAGAUGGUAUACUAUUUUUUGUAACAGAUGGCUUGCAUUAUUUGGGGCUUGUGUGAAGAUAGCCAUGAUGUUUUUAGUUCAGUGGAUAUAUGCUUUCGCUGCGUUUGCAGUAUUGUUACUUUUGUGGUUUUACAUUGGGCAGGUUAAUCCUGGAAAUUUUCGUGGUAUAGCAGAAUUUAGACUAUUUCCUUGGCUAAAAAACUUGUUCUACCUAUGCUUGGGAUGUAAAAUAAUUAACUACGAUCAAAUUGUCGUGGCUCCAAUUUUGCCUGAAAUGGAAGUAAAAGAAGCCCAAUUAACUGAAGACAAUGCAGAUUUUGCUUCUAGAAAGAGAUACCACCACUCAAAGACCAUUGAGAGUGUUCCUCCUGCGGAUGGUUUACAAAAUGAUUAACUACAAUCCUAAUGCAUACGAGAUGUUUACUUACAAAUUGAUGACUAGUCUUUGCUGGCAAAGAUUGAAGAUUGAAAAAAAAAUAUUUUUGUUCGCAUACUACUUAAUUUUUUUUUUUAUUACAGUAGAAAGUCUUGUAUAAGGAAUCAUCAGGAAUAUAAUUUUUUUUAAAUAAUCAAUUGUGACCAAAGAAUUUUUCCAAAUAUAUAUGUAUAUAUAUAUUAUUUUAUAUUGAAUGAAUAUGUUAUAAAAUUAAGUUUAUACAAUUAUGAAAUGAUAUUUACUCAAUUUUAUUACCAGAUGAUAUUUCAUGAAACAUUGAUAUUUUUUAUACAUUGUUAUUGUAAUAACAAUAUAUUUAAAUAAAUAUUUUCACAAUACGACAUUAAUAUCAUGUCUCACGAUAAAUAUUGAAUGUAAAAAUAUUAUCGAAAUGAUAAAAACUAAAGAGGAGCACAAAAUUGACAAUGUUUCAAGCAAAUCUUUAAUUUUUGUUGCCUACAUCUAUUUUAGCUCAGAUUUCAGCUCUAGUUAAUUUACAGUCAUGGAGAUAAUUUUUCAAUUUAUUAAAAAAAAAACGGAAGAAAAUUCUUUGUUUAUUUUUGGUUUGAUUUUUGGAAAGUGAUAUAGAAAUGAACCUUUCCAGAAAAAGACAUCCAAAUACUGGACUUUCUGCUGUAUGUGUUAAUUUUCUACCCUUGCUGCUUUCAUAUACUCUAUUCUUUUAUUCAUAUAUGGUGUUUAUUUAUUGCAUUUGUAUGCUGUUUUUAGCUUCCUUUAUCAAAUUGUUUUAUUUACCCAAUUAUUUAAAAAAAAAGUGAUAUUUUUUCUACAUUAUGCUUGUUUUUGAAACUUUAGAACUUGGGCCUCGAGAAUUACUUUUUGCUGAACAUAAUGUGCCAAAUAAAAACUAAUUGCUGAUACUUCUUUAAAGUUUUGCAAUUAAUUAUUUUGUUUGUUUCUACUAUGUUUGUUAAUUAUUUAGAAACCUAUAACAUAACAUAGAAGCUUAUUUGGCUCAUUUUUCUUGUAAAUAAAUCAAUGUUAAUUUUUCAACUUACUAAUGAUUAUUAUAGAUGUAAGUUUAAUUUUUUUAAAUUGUAUGCAUUGUUCGACUUAUUUUCUCUCUAUUAAUUUCUAAUAUAAUAUCAUAAUUUAUUAUUUUCCUUUUUAUGUUUAAGUUCUUAUUCUUAAAUAUGAAUAGAUAAUCAUUGAAAUGCAGGGGUGGUCACGGAACAAAGAAAGCCGAAAGUCUGGAAAUUUUUAUCAAUUUAAAAGUUUAAUUGAUGUUCCAAAAAAAUUUGGAAAACGAUAUUAAUUUGCGGUACUAAAAAUAUUAUUGUACAAUUAAAUUUAUGAAUAAUUAAAUAUCAAUUACCUUAAUACAAUAUUUAAAAAAAAAGUUAAAUUAUUUUCUGAUACUUGUCCUGAUAUAUGUCCUAAUAAAUAUAGAUAUCAGCUAAAAAAGGAUUUUUUUUUGCUUUAUUAUUACAUCUGUGUUUAUAAGAUUAAAUUGAAAUUAGCAAAAGCAUAAUGAAUGUUAUCAUAAAUAGUAGCAGUACAAAAGAAAAUAUAAUGUAUGUACUAUAAAUUACAUCUCCUUACUGCUAUCUGAGUCUUUUAAAUAUAAUGUGUUUUUUUAUUUAUUUCUUGUAAGAUUUUUUUAUUAAAUUAUUUAUUUUCAACUUUAAUGAGAAGCUAGUUUUUUACAAUAUAUUUUAUGUAAAAGAGUAAGAUUAACUAAGCUUUUGUCGUCAUAUACAAAAAAACAGCAAGAACAAAAAAACAGCGAAUCUGGGGAUUUGUUUCUCCUGAAAGUUGUUACCACCUUUCAAUAUGAAUCAUAUAAAUGGAAUUAAAUUGAUUUUGAUACAGAAAAAGUAAAUAGUUAAGUAUAGCGGCAACGUUUUUUCAAUAUACUGCUAUACUGAAUAUACUGCCAAAAGUGACCAGGUCAAAAAGAUGAAACUAGACUAUGCUUUUAAAUUUUUUAUUUCUCUCCUCCCCUAUAUACACUGCCCUACAAUAAUGAAUGAAACACUUUCAGUUUUUGACAUUUUUUUUUUUAAUUUCUCAAAUACUCAAAGGAUUAU